AUGCCGGAUGCACAAGACUCAACGAUUUCGUUAGGCGCCCCGUUACAGCGUUCAGCUGAGCAGCCGUCCAACGUCCGAUCUGUGUACAAGUGCUUUUGUGAACUGAGUGAGCUUGUGCACCAGAGUCUCUACGUUCUUCACUCUCCUGGAAGACCGUUGACCAGCCGUGACCUUCUGGGUAUCUACACCCAGUAUCUCAACUGGUAUGACAGAAUACCAGAGGUACUAAGACUCGGUCACAACUUUACACCCGCCGUGCUCUUCGCUCACAUGUACUACCACUUUGCCAUCCUCCUCCUCUUCCGGCCGCUCAUCAAGCUGAGAAUCAUUGGUUCCAAGCUGCUGCCCCGGGAUGUGUGUGGACAGGCGGCGGAUGCCAUUCAAGGACUCCUACGUUCAUACUCGCAACUCUACACUCUUCGCAGGACGCCGUCUUUCGUCCCGUAUUUUGUCCUCACAUCCUCCAUCAUGCAUCUGGCCAUUGGUGCGGCCGGUACGCCUCCGCAAAAGGGGUUUGAUGCAACGGCGCAACCCGGCGUAGAUACACCAGCCCAACCACCAUAUCCGCCUCGUGUUGUUGAGGCGAUCAAGCAAGGCAUCAGAGACCUGGAGGAGAUGGCACCGUGCCAUCAUUUUGCGGAACAGGCACUUAAUAUUCUUCGAUAUCUGGCCAAGAAGUGGAACAUGGACGUCGACAUGGGUGAGAGGCUCCCAUCAGAUGCUGAGUACGCGCACCUGGUUAGGCCAUAUACAAGCAGCCUCAACUUCUUUGCGCCAAACGUCAUUGAGGAUGACUUCAUCUGCGCUUGGGGCGGCAGCACCGACGAUGCCGAGGUACCGAACCCGGCAACAGCAAUGGGCGCUAAGGGAACCGAGCCCGGAAAGCCAUCAGUCUCGCGGGCGGCCAAGGUCCUCGAGAACCCUCUGUUCUGGCCGUUUCCGAUGCAGGGGCGUCCGAUGCUGCCUACAGGACGUGAGCUCGAGGAGGCCGGAUUCGAGAGAAUCUAG